UUACAUAUCCGUGAUUGUUCUUCUGGAGUAAGAGAUGUGACGGAGGACACGGACGUGAGUUUUACCUGCGGCCGUUACAAUGGCCGGGUAGAAUGGUUUUCGUCUACUGAUAACUUACAAUGGAACUACAUUGGCCAUUGCGAAAGAAUAAGGUGUUAUUCCCAAAAGGCCCCUCCAUUUCUUUUAUCUGCACAAAAAACAAUUUCAAAUUGGAAUACGAGAGCACGCUGGACAUCAAGCGUGUCACGAGCAGCAGGACAUUUUACUCAAGUGCAGCGACGAGGACACAAUAGAUGUUUGCAGGCUAAGGAUUGUAGUGCCUUUUAUCGCUAAAAACUGCAAUGUAACGAUAUCAAAAUGGCGGCUGUACGGAACGUGUGCCGUGGAAAAGAUGUUUGCGUCAGACGACAAGUACUCCUGCAUGUGGAGUGUAAACAAUAACAAGCUCACAAGUUAUGAAUCACUCUCUCAAUAUUGGUCUGGAGGGAGAAGAUACCAAAGAGGCCAGUUGUUAUUUUUAACCAACGAUGCUGUGGACUACGGAAUGUACACUUACAGAGUCACCAUCAAUCCGGGUCCUUCAACUAUUUUUGUUGAGAUUAUUAGCAUAGUGCCACCUGGGGAUCCUGUCCACACGUGUAAUGACACUGUUGAGGAGGGAUCCAGUGUUAUCUGCAAGUGCACUUCGUCAAAUAAAGGAUUUCCACCUGCAGUAUUUACCUGGAUAAACAAAACACAGACACUUACAAUUCAAAAUGUUCAGACAGAAUGUAGCGGCUGGAAGUACACCUGUCGGCUGACAUGGGGUCGAAUGGUUUAAUCAACCGUACAACUGAUUUUGCCUUGAAAGUAGCAGUCGCCGUCACCAUCGUUCCUACUAGCUGCAGUGUACAAUUGUCAGGAUGGAAAGUGUAUGGAAUGUGUACAGUCAAAAGGGUAGUGGGACGAAAAAACAGGAUGUGCAAGUGGAACAUGAAAAACAAGAAUAACACAGAGGAGUUCCAAGGAUUUGUCGGUUAUACAUAUAUGUAUUCUGAAAAUUAUGUAAAAGAAACUUGCGCUUUCCUGCGUGAAAUACCUGUCGACAAUGGCAAUUAUACCUACAGCAUCAGUGAAUCUUCACAUCCAGCAGAUCAGUGGGGGAAGACUAUUUAUAUCGAGAAGCCAGACGUGCCUCACCACAACUGUUCAAAGAUGAUUCUCGAAGGAUCAAGUAUGACCUGCACGUGCUUUACACCAAAGCUGGGAAAUCCACCCGCGCUAGUUGGAUGGGAGGGAUUGGGAGAAACGUAUUUGACUAUACAGGGUAACAAGCAAAACCAGGGUAUCGUCUUUACAUGUUCUCUGACUUGGGGAGUCAUCAGCUAUACAACCCCAUACGUGAUUAACAUUGCCUACGGACCAUCGCAAACUUACAUCAGCAGCAGCGAAGAGUCAUCGGGUGACGAGACAAAGACGAUGUUAAUGUGUACUGCAAUAGAUGUUUACCCUUCCGCCGUGUUUCACUGGAACAUUGCGUGUGACAAAGAGACUCACGGAGUGAACACCAGCACGUGCACACUCUCUACGUCACGUGUAGAGGACAACACAGCAGUAGAGUGCAUGGCAACCAACCAAGUCUUUGUAGAAGUGUCUUCUGCUAGUAUAUACGUCUUCAAGCCGAGACGUACCCAUAUCAAAAGUAAACAACAUAUAUUUUCCAUUCAACGAAAAAGAGAUAACCAUUUGAUGGUGGGGAUAAUAGCCGGCAGUGGUGGAGCCAUGAUUAUUCUUACCAUCCUUGUGGCUGUUAUAGUUGUUUGUGUGAAACGUCGGAUAGCCAACAAGACACCAACCCACAAUGUGCACUUUACUGCACCAUCUACAGAUGUCAACACUAUUAGUCACAGAAGAGAAAAUGAGUAUAUCACAUUUGACGAUCCAACAUUGCUCCGCAUUCCUGAGACACGGACUCCCGUUGUCCGCACCUCUGCACCAUCUGGAGACCUGUACACCAUCGUUGGCCCAGCGACUGUAGGAGACAAUGAAGAAGUUGCUGUACAGGAAGCAGUUAAGAACAGGACGCGUGCAACAAUAAGGAUCAGCGGUCUUCAGGCUGGAACUACUGAUGCCCAAACAAACGAAACAACUGAAUCAACAAGUCUGGCAAUAAUGCACAAGCCAACAAGAAUAGACAAGAAGGAACUUCAUAAUCAGUCAGUUACUGAUUACAUGAAUAUACCUCAAGUACCAUGGAAUUCUAGACUGGGUGUGUACCAUCAUGUUCGACAGGCUGCUGCGUCUGAAACAAGGAUUUCUGAUGCAAAUGCAACUGAUGGAACAGACGAAUACGAUGUCCUACGAGUCCAAAAGAGUCGAACUGGACAGGAAGACCAUGCAGCUACUUACAGCCGCCUUGACUUCAAAUAAACAUUGAGUUUACUUUAAAGUAACAUCUCUAAUUUAUACUCUCUUUUUUGGAUAUAUUAACUGUGUCAGGGAUGAAAACUGAAUAGUUUUUAAUAAUGUAAUGGUGAAAAGUAAACUAUUUAGGAAGCAGCUUUUAUGUAGGUGAGAACUCUUACGUUAGAAUUUAAAAUAAAGAUUUAGGAAUUGUGUGUGUGUGUGCGCUCACGCCCUUAAUUUUAUAAAGACAUUAUGAAAAGAAAUGUUGCUUAUUAUUCCGUUUUUAUUGAGAACUUUUUUUUGAUCCAGUUCUCUACUUUAUGUAAAGUGAAUGAUUGUGUUUUAUAUAAUUUAUACAUAACAAGGGACAUUGUAAGAUUCAUGCCGUAUGGUUCUCUUUAUAUAUCUCUCUUUUCCUUUCUAUAUAUAUAUAUGUAUUAUAACAUUUACCUUUCAGUAUACACUUCUUGACCUUUCCUGACUUCAGGUCAUCUUUUUGGGCGAAAAAACCUCCAUAAAACUAAUAAGGGCUAUGUACAUAUGUAUUAAUUUAUUAAUUGAAACUGUUGGUCAAAACUUCACAGUAAAUACUUUUCGAUCGAUUUGUGUUUUUUGUAAAAAUGGCACAGAAACAAUCGCAGUUAUUUGUCAUUGUUUUUGUUUGUUUUGGUUAAACCAGUUGUAUAAAGAGUGUCGACUGUA